CGCUAGUAGAAUAAAUUUUCUGAUGAGUUUUCAACCGUCUAAUAUUAAAUAGCCAAGAGACAGUACAAUAGAUAGCUCAAUAAACCCAACACAAUAGACAAAAGAAAAGAACGCAAGACGUAAGAAGAGAAGGAAGAACGCUCGUCUCGCACGCUUCAUCACGUCGAAAGGGCGAUCAAUUAAAACUAAUAAUCGUUUAAACGACGAUCGCGGGCGCGACCAGCGAAAUGGUUGGAGAGAUGGACACGGGCUUGUUGAAUGAGUCAGAUCAUGAAAGAGGCGUAGGAGAAGCUCGGAGCCAACGCGGAGGGCGAGACGAAGCGAGCGUGAACGUCUCUGCGGGAGUCGCCUUACGUCGCUCGCACGUGUCACGUCGCACUAAUUGAAUUCUAACGAGACAACAGUCGGUCGAGCGGUUGAACAACAUCAAAACGGUCGAUCGUAUACAAAACAACGUUUAAUACUACCAUGUUGAUCUUUCUAUCGUGAACAUGCACGGAAGUACACGCAGCCCACAAACCAUGAUUGUGCGUUAGUACUUAUAUAGUAGAUUCAUUAGAAAAUCUAAAAUUUGGCCGAGUUACAUCCUUUGUUUAAUGACAACAAGCAUUAAUAACAACAAUAUGGAGAUCGAUAUGAAUAUCAGCGACAUAUUGCGCGAAGUGAUAACAUUUUUGGAAUGCCUCUGCGAUGUGAAACUUCCACUCAAGCUCGAGAGGCUGCGGCAGGAGCUGUUGGCACACGCGAAAGAAACCCUCAGCGUAACUCGGGCAUCGUCUCCGGAUCGUCCGUAUCUAGAUAUGAAUUCCGGCCCGAAGAGCCUGUUGCUGAUAAAGAAUAAAACAGAAACAGACUCGGAAGAAUACGUAGGCAUGGAAGGAUCUCAGAAGCAGCCUCAUCAGGAUUACUACGAGACCUGUGAGAACCAAGGCAAGACUCCUCCGCCGUCCGCGAUGCUCCCUAAGAGUAUGGAACGAUACCCCGAUCAUGAUCUCCGCCUCGAGGAGGCUCAAAAAUUGCUGAGGAUUUACAAGAACCUGCCAGCGGCACAGUCCAGAAGCAAGUGUCACAAGUGCGGUCCAAUUUACAAGAAGGAAGGGAAGAAACUGUUCCUACCGGAAAGCCGCGCCUGCUGGAUUGCGUUGGUAGGAUCACAUCUGCUGGUGUACCGAAACGAGCGGCAACCCCGACCGUACGUGAUCUACGCGAUCCGCGGUUACAUGGCGCGAGCAGCGCCCCACGUGAUACCCAAUGAUCGACAGAAGAAAGACUCGGCCUUCGAGAUAUACAAACCUGGCAACGAGACAUUGCAGUUCAUCGCGAGGACGCCGAAGGACAUGGAUCAGUGGAUAGCGAAGGUGCACGAGGUGGGAUGUGGCGGCAAGGAGAACGUGAACAGCGACGUGGAGAUUCGGGAGAAGCAGAGGGCCACGAACGAAUUAUCCCCGUGCCUGAAUCGUCGUGAGAAGAACAAGGAAAUGCGACAUCAGGAUGCAGCAGGGAACCCGAUGACGACGAAUAAAUCGGUCGAAUCAUUAGCGGAUCAACAGAGAGACGAGAAAAAGAAGCGAGGAAAAGAGACGGUGGAGAAUCCGCCACCUUUACCCUCCCGAAUACCGCGGCGACUUCCUUCUUUGCCGCCCGACAGUGCGAUACCGUCCUACAGAGUGGCCGUUGAAGACGACGAUGAUGACGAUGAAAUCUAUCACAAGAUCGAGGACCUGAUAAACGGCACGUGUUAUCAAAAUUUAGCGUUAAGGCGACGGCGGGCCAUCGAGGAACAGCAAGAUGUUAUCUCGUACGACGACAUUCAUGGAACUAAAGAAAAAGAGGAAGAACAGAUGCAAGGAAAAGCUGAUAGUACGAUGUCACAAGAGGAGACAUACGAUGAUAUCGUGCCUUCGCGAACCAACGCGAGCGCCGCAAAAACUGAACAUCAGGACAACCAGAGUGGCAGUGGUCCAGCCGCCGAGAAGGAAAAAGAAUUCUACGACGAUGUAGAGAACCUAAUCUCAAAUGGGAAAAUUGCUAAAGAUCGCGCGAAGGAUCAAACCGACACAUCGAGCAAGUCGCCGCAGAAGAAAUCCUUCUUAGGCAGAGUCUUGAGCAGAAAGGAGUUCUAUAGCAAGUCACCGGAAAAGAAGUACAAGGGCAAAAACGCCUCCUCAAAUCCGCCACCGUCUUCAGUGGCGGCUGAGGAGAUGCCCACUUACGACGACGUGUCUGACCUGACGGCAAACCAGGAGUCCUUGGUGAACGAUGAGGAACUGUCGGAGUACAACUGCCCUCCACCGCCGAGGCCGGUUUAUACAACGAAAUCGCCCAUCGUGAACAAUCUCGACGAUCAGGUCGAAGAAAUCUACGACGAUGUCAACACCUGUCGAGAACAGUAUAACAAAAGCCAUCAGCAAUCGACACAAGAAUCGAGAUCGAGGGAAGCUAAAAGCGAUGCGGCGGUGUGCAACGCGGAUCAGGGGAUGAACGACGGGGAUAAUCUUCCGCAGGAGGAGGAGAUCGAGCAUUAUCAGUCACCGAGAAGCGACCUACGCAUUUGCGAAGUCCAGCAGACCACGGAAAUUCAACAAACCGAGGAGGACCUGUACGACGAUGUCGCGUUAUUAAUAGACUUUAAAUCGCGGCCGAGGAACUUGGCCGAGCAGAAGGACAACGAGGACAGCAGAUCGACGGGCAGUCCUGACAAGAAGUCCUGGAAUCGAUUCGGCGUUAACAGAAGAUCACGCACGAGCGACGGCGGUUCCACUUGCGCCGAGCAGACGAACGGACGAAGCAGCAACGAUUGCGAAGAGGCCGAGGACGCAUUGGACAAGAAGAACACCUUCAAGAAGCUGAUCAGCAAAAUGGAGAAUUCCCUCGCCAGAGUCUCCACGAGAAACUCGACCUCACCCCUCACAGCCAAGUCGAGCACUGCGAACAACAAUUUCUAAGACUUUGAUUUAUGCAUGACGAGUGCGGAAUUUGUAUCGUAGAAUUGUCGCGCGAAUGAUUGCUCUCUUAAGAAAUAGAUACUCUUGAUCCUGACACGGUCGCGUUUGACGUUUUCAAGAAAUCUUCGAUGAAAUUCACACAAUGAGAAAUUUUCAAUGAAGAUGAUGAUGGUGUUAAAAUUGUGCCAUCGAGACGCGACCACUGGAAGACUAAAUUAACAGAGACUUAUAGAUGAAACAGAUUCAUCUGUUAUACGUGAAGAUCGAACGUGAAUCAAAUGUAUUUAAUAAUAUGUUAUUAUUUCUCUUCCA